GGGGUGGAACCCGUAAACCUCUCAUGGUUCCUAGUCAGAUUCGUUAACCACUGAGCCACGACGGGAACUCCGAUUUAUAAGGAGUUCUAAGGUACUUCUUUGGCUUGAAGUUAGGAAACUACAGAUGACAGGUUUCGGUGGGAGUUUCUCCGUUUUGUCUCUCGUUGGGGGGAAAAGGACUGCCGGCGCCAAAAAAAAACCCCAAAAAAACACCACUUCCGCCCGAGGCUGUAUGUCAGUCUAGGGGCAGCAGGGGGCGGGAGAAUCUCGAAUCUAGUCUAGGCGUUUCCCCUUCACGUGACGCGUCUCUCCCGACCUCACCGGCUGCUUCCGGCCAGGGCUUCACCCGGAAGUGGGGCGGGGAGAGGGAAGGUGAGGUAAGGCUGCUCCCCGGCACCGGCCGGGGGUGGAGCAAGAGAAGAAGCAGAGGGCGGGGUUGGCGCCAACGCCGUCGCGGUCGCGGUCAACGCCGCCGCCGUCGUCGUCGCCAUCGCCGCCGCGGCUACUCUGACUUUUCCCGGUGCGUGAGGUCGGAUCCUGCGCUCUUGGAUUUGACUCUCCCCUCGGCUGCGUAGCUUCGGAGAUUUAACCCUAGGACAGAAAAAACAGGAAAGUAAAGAAGUAAACGAAAUGGACCUAAAUAUGAGUGUGAAUUCUGUCACCAUCUGUGUUGAGGGGAUGACAUGUAGUUCCUGUGUUUGGACCAUUGAACAGCACAUUGGAAAACUGAAUGGUGUACAUCACAUUAAAGUUUCACUGGAAGAAAAAAAUGCAACUAUUAUUUAUGACCCUAAACUACAUACUCCAAAGACCCUACAGGAUGCUAUUGAUGACAUGGGCUUUGAUGCUAUUCUCCACAAUCCUAAGCCUCUCCCUAUUUUAACUGAGACUGUGUUUCUGACGGUUGCUGCUUCACUGGCUCCACCGUGGGACCAUAUCCAGGGCACAUUGCUCAAGACCAAAGGUGUGACAGACAUUAAAAUUUCCCCUCAGCAGAGAACUGCAGUGGUGACAAUAAUCCCUUCUGUAGUGAAUGCCAAUCAGAUAAUAGAGCUGGUUCCAGAUCUCAGUUUAGAUACUGGAACUCUGGAGAAAAAGUCAGGAACUUAUGAAGAUUACAGUAUGGCUCAAGCAGGUGAAGUCAUGCUUAAGAUGAAGGUGGAAGGGAUGACCUGCCACUCAUGUACUAGCACCAUUGAAGGAAAAAUUGGAAAACUGCAAGGUGUUCAACGAAUUAAAGUUUCUCUGGACAACCAAGAAGCUACUAUCAUUUAUCAACCUCAUCUUAUCACAGUAGAGGAAAUAAAAAAGCAGAUUGAAGCUGUGGGCUUUCCAGUAUUCAUCAAAAAACAGCCUAAGUACCUCAAGUUGGGAGCUAUUGAUAUAGAACGUCUAAAGAACACACCAGUCAAAUCCUUGGAAGGAUCACCACAAAGGAGUACAUCAUAUACCAAUAAUUCAACAGUCAUUUUCAUCAUAGAUGGCAUGCAUUGUAAAUCAUGUGUGUCAAAUAUUGAAAGUGCUUUAUCUACACUCCAGUAUGUAAGCAGCAUAGUAGUUUCUUUAGAGAAUAGAACUGCCAUAGUAAAGUACAAUGCAAGUUUAGUCACUCCAGAAACUCUGAGAAAAGCAAUAGAGGACAUAUCACCAGGGCAAUAUAGAGUUACUAGUACAAGUGACAUUGAGUGUACCUCAAACUCUCCCUCCAGCUCAUCUCUUCAAAAGAGUCCUUUGAACAUAGUGAGCCAGCCUCUGACUCAAGAAGCAGUAAUAAACAUAGAUGGCAUGACUUGUAACUCUUGUGUGCAGUCUAUUGAGGGCGUCAUAUCAAAAAAGCCUGGUGUAAAAUACAUACGGAUAUCCCUUGCAAAUGGCAAAGGGACUGUUGAGUAUGAUCCUUUACUAACCUCUCCAGAAACCUUGAGAGAAGCAAUAGAAGACUUGGGAUUUGAUGCUUCCUUGUCAGAUACAAAUGAGCCAUUGGUAGUAAUAGCUCAGUCCUCAUCGGAAAUGCCACUUUUGACCUCAACUAAUGAAUUUAAUUCCAAAAUGAUGACACCAGUUCAUGACAAGGAGGAGACAAAGACUUCAUCUAAGUGUUACAUACAGGUCACUGGGAUGACCUGUGCUUCCUGUGUAGCAAAUAUUGAACGGAAUUUGAGACGAGAAGAAGGAAUAUAUUCUGUACUUGUCGCUCUGAUGGCUGGUAAGGCGGAAGUAAGAUAUAACCCUGCUGUUAUACAACCCUUGAUGAUAGCAGAGUUAAUCCGAGAGCUUGGAUUUGGAACCACUGUGAUGGAAAAUACUGAUGAAGGAGACGGUGUUUUGGAACUUGUUGUGAGAGGAAUGACGUGUGCCUCCUGUGUACAUAAAAUAGAGUCUACUCUCACAAAACACAGAGGAAUCUUCUACUGCUCUGUAGCCCUGGCAACCAACAAGGCACAUAUUAAAUAUGAUCCAGAAAUUAUUGGUCCCAGAGAUAUUAUUCAUGUAAUUGAAAGCUUAGGUUUUGAAGCUUCUUUGGUCAAGAAGGAUCGGUCAGCAAGUCACCUAGACCAUAAACGAGAAAUCAGACAAUGGCGACGGGCCUUUCUUGUGAGCCUGUUUUUCUGUAUUCCUGUAAUGGGGCUGAUGAUAUAUAUGAUGGUUAUGGACCACCACCUUGCAACUCUUCACCCUAAUCAGAACAUGAGCCAAGAAGAAAUGAUCAACAGUCAUUCUUCUAUGUUCCUGGAGCGUCAGAUCCUGCCAGGAUUGUCCAUUAUGAAUUUGCUAUCUUUUUUAUUGUGUAUACCUGUACAGUUUUUUGGAGGCUGGCACUUCUACAUUCAGGCCUACAAAGCACUGAAGCAUAAAACUGCAAAUAUGGAUGUAUUGAUUGUGCUGGCAACCACAAUUGCAUUUGCUUACUCUUUGGUUAUUCUUCUGGUUGCAAUGUAUGAGAGAGCCAAAGUGAACCCUGUUACUUUCUUUGACACGCCUCCUAUGUUAUUUGUGUUUAUUGCACUAGGCCGGUGGCUGGAACAUAUAGCAAAGGGCAAAACUUCAGAGGCUCUUGCCAAACUAAUAUCACUACAAGCUACAGAAGCAACAAUUGUAACUCUCGACUCUGAUAAUAUCCUCCUGAGUGAAGAACAAGUGGAUGUGGAACUUGUACAACGUGGAGACAUCAUUAAAGUGGUUCCAGGAGGCAAGUUUCCAGUGGAUGGGCGUGUUAUUGAAGGACAUUCUAUGGUAGAUGAGUCCCUCAUCACAGGGGAGGCAAUGCCUGUGGCUAAGAAAUCUGGCAGCACUGUUAUUGCAGGUUCUAUUAACCAGAAUGGGUCACUCCUUAUACGCGCAACUCAUGUUGGAGCAGACACAACUCUUUCUCAAAUUGUCAAACUUGUGGAGGAGGCACAAACAUCAAAGGCUCCUAUCCAGCAGUUUGCAGACAAACUCAGUGGCUACUUUGUUCCUUUUAUCGUUAUUAUUUCCAUUGCUACCCUUUUGGUUUGGAUUAUAAUUGGAUUUGCGAAUUUUGAAAUCAUGGAAACCUACUUUCCUGGCUACAACAGAAGUAUCUCCCAAACAGAAACAAUAAUACGCUUUGCUUUCCAAGCCUCUAUCACAGUUCUGUGCAUUGCAUGCCCAUGUUCACUGGGACUGGCCACUCCAACUGCUGUGAUGGUGGGUACAGGAGUAGGUGCUCAAAAUGGCAUACUAAUCAAAGGUGGUGAGCCACUGGAGAUGGCUCAUAAGGUAAAGGUAGUGGUAUUUGAUAAGACUGGAACCAUUACCCAUGGAACCCCAGUAGUGAAUCAAGUAAAAGUUCUAGUGGAAAGUAACAGAAUAUCACGCAGUAAGAUCCUGGCCAUUGUGGGAACUGCUGAAAGUAACAGUGAACACCCUCUAGGAGCAGCCAUAACCAAAUAUUGCAAGCAGGAACUGGACACUGAAACCUUGGGUACCUGCAUAGAUUUCCAGGUUGUGCCAGGCUGUGGUAUUAGCUGUAAAGUCACCAAUAUUGAAGGCUUGCUACGUAAGAAUAACUGGAAAAUAGAGGAAAAUAAUAUUAAAAAUUCAUCCCUGCUUCAAAUAGAUGCAAGUAAUGAACAGUCAUCAACUUCGUCUUCCAUGAUUAUUGAUGCUCACCUCUCAAAUGGUCUUAAUGCUCAGCAGUACAAAGUUCUCAUUGGUAACCGGGAGUGGAUGAUUAGAAAUGGUCUUGUCAUUAAUAACGAUAUAGAUGAUUCCAUGACUGAACAUGAGAGAAAAGGUCGGACUGCUGUAUUAGUGGUGGUUGAUGAUGAACUGUGUGGCUUGAUAGCUAUUGCUGAUACAGUGAAGCCUGAAGCAGAAUUGGCUGUUCAUAUUCUGAAAUCUAUGGGCUUAGAAGUAGUUCUGAUGACUGGAGACAACAGUAAAACAGCUAGAUCUAUUGCUUCUCAGGUUGGCAUUACUAAGGUGUUUGCUGAAGUUCUACCUUCCCACAAAGUUGCUAAGGUGAAGCAACUUCAAGAGGAGGGGAAACGGGUAGCAAUGGUAGGAGAUGGAAUCAAUGACUCCCCAGCUCUGGCAAUGGCUAAUGUUGGAAUUGCCAUUGGCACAGGCACUGAUGUAGCCAUUGAAGCAGCUGAUGUGGUUUUGAUAAGGAAUGAUCUUCUGGACGUAGUGGCAAGUAUUGACUUAUCAAGGAAGACAGUCAAGAGGAUUCGGAUAAAUUUUGUCUUUGCUCUAAUUUAUAAUCUGAUUGGAAUUCCCAUAGCUGCUGGAGUUUUUUUGCCCAUUGGUUUGGUUUUGCAGCCCUGGAUGGGAUCUGCUGCAAUGGCUGCUUCAUCUGUUUCAGUAGUACUUUCUUCUCUCUUCCUUAAACUUUACAGGAAACCAACUUAUGAGAAUUAUGAACUGCAUGCCCGAAGCCAGAUGGGACAGAAAACUCCUUCAGAAAUAAGUGUUCAUGUUGGAAUAGAUGAUACCUCAAGAAAUUCUCCUAAACUGGGUUUGCUGGACCGGAUUGUUAAUUACAGCAGAGCCUCCAUAAACUCACUACUGUCUGAUAAACGAUCCAUAAACAGUGUUGGUACCAGUGAGCCUGAUAAGCACUCACUCCUGGUGGGAGACUGCAGGGAAGAUGAUGAUAGUGCAUUGUAACAAGCCACAGAGAGUGCUGCUAGGUGAUGAUGUUCUGCACUGACACAGCAUUCAUGGUUACAUUAGCUUUUUAAUAGAUUGCAGGAUUUUAUGUUGGUCUCAUGCUCUUAUGUUAGGGAAUCUAUUUGAGUUGCAUUUGUCUAAUGGCAAAAAUAUCUUUUUCAGGAUAUCACCUUGGAACCUAGCUUCACUGAAAAUUAUUUUCCAGAGUCUUUUGUUUUCACUAGCAACAGAUAACGUAGACCAAUACGGUUUACAAGUCCUACAAUGGAAGAUUGCCAAAUUGCUGCUGAAGUGAUAGAUAAUUUUUUAUUUGACCAAAAAAAUUUCAAAGAAAGGAUAACUAAAAAUCUGAAGAUUUGGGUACAUAAUCUUGAGGAGAUUUUUUGAGCUCUCCUCCCUGCCAGAUUGGAGAGCAGUGGCUUUCAAAGCACUGUAUAAAGCAUCUAGAAGGAAAGAUGGAAAAAUAGUAGAAACUGUUUAAAAAUAGAUGUGCCUUGUUUAUUACAGGCUUUCUCCCUCCCCCCCCGCCCCUUAUUCUCCCUGCAUCUUUGUCUUUGCAGUUGCUUUAUUAGAUGUCCCAGUGAGUUUUGUUAUCUUCUUUCGAGUGAGCUAAGGGUAGGUGGAUUCUUAUUGACAAAGAUAACUGACAACUUUUCCAGUAUCUUGUUUGUUUCUUUAUCCUAUAGGUCAAAAAACCUUAAAGGCCCAUAGAGUUCCCUGCUUCCCAUCUUUCCAUUAUUGUAAAAAAUACAUCAGAUUCUUCAAUGACUACUUAGCUCUGUGUAAGCUUUUAGUUCACUCCUGCUGAGUUCAGCUCUGUAUUGUUCUUAGUUUUGUCCAACAGCCUCAGUCCAGAAACUUAAGAUUUUGAGCCUCUUUUACAACUGAUUUUUUUCACAGAUUGACACUACCAUCUUUAGCAUAUACAGGUUAUAUAAAAUUACCUGGAUUCACUAAAUUUGUCCUUUUUCAAGGAGAGAAUGCAAGACAUUAACUAAUAUUUAUAAUUUAAUAGAUUUUCUUUUAGUGUUCUAGAUAAUCUUAAAAUUACUUUAAAAUAAUGCUGUUGCACAAAGCUGCUUUUACCAAAAAUUACAAUAAAUUGUAAUAUAGCAGUUCCCUGAUGGCUCAGCAGGUUAAGGAUCUGGCAUUGUCACUGCUGUGGCUUGGGUAGCUGCCAUGGAGCAGGUUUGAUCCCUGGCCCAGGAACUUCUACAUGCCAUAGACAUGUCCAAAAAAAUAUAUAAUACAGAAAUGAGAAUUUCUGCAUGUUGCCAUACUUUUUAGCCAAUUUUGUGCUUUUCUCUAGUUUAAAACAUUUGCACUUACUAUUUAGUAUGGUUGUCAAAUUCAUAGGCUUGUUCUCAUUGCCAUCUAAAUUUAAAAGUUCUGCUGUGAGUUUUUGGGAGUUAAUACAUUGGUCAGAGAUCUGGUAUUUGAAUCACUAUUUAAAUUUCCUUGUUAACUGCAAGAUGGAUUUCAGAAGUAGAUUAUGGAAAUGAAGAAAACUCAUAAAUAAAUGUCUAGUAAUUGUUCCUGUUGCCAUAUGUAAAGCUGCUAGCACAAUGCCUAGCACAUAGGAUUUGUACUCAGUAAAUGUUAGUUCUUAUUUCCCCAUGAGGUCAGUAAUAAAUACUAAAAAUUGUUUUUUACAGAGCAGAGUCUGAAAUCAGGUGGUAGUGGGAGAUGGGUUCCUCUCCUACUUCCUUUUUCUCUUUUGCUUUUUUUCUUUUUGUGUCUUUUUAGGGCUGUAUGUACAGCAUAUAAAAGUUUUCAGGCUAGCAAUGAUGGAUCCUUAACCCACUGAGUGAAGCUAGGGCUCGAACCCAGGUCCUAAUGGAUACAAGUCGGGUUUGUUACCACUGAUCCACGAUGGGAACUCUUCUCUUUUCCUUUCACACACACUAAAAAAACGUUUACAACAUAAUUCCAUGCUGACUUUUCAGAUUUGGAAAAGAUCUCGUUUUUAUCUCAACUGUCUAAAAGAGAGAACUGAAACUUGCUGAAGGUGCUAUUAAUCUAGAAAAGCAAACCUAUUUUAAGGAAAUAUGAAUGACUUUGUAUAUCUAGGCUGGUUUUUAGACCAGUGCUUUCAAUUUGAAUUUUAAUAUUUGUUUUUUAUUUUAAUUCCAGUUGCCCAUCAUACACCACAGCUUAUUUCUUCAAGAAGAAAUAGCUAAUAUGACAAAUGUAUAAUAGAAACUUUGGAAAAAGAAGCACCUUUUUCUCUCCCUCCCUUCCUAUCUCUCCCCCUCCCCCUCACUCUCACUCUUCCUGUCUCUCUGAAGCAUUUGAACACAGCCAGUUACUCCUUUUAUUACUAUGUGUGUGUUAAGUUGCCCCACAUGCCAAGGGACCUACAUGUCACAGGGCAAUGAAAAGAGCAGCCUGUAAAAUCUGGGAAAAGCCAAGGAUAUAAUUUCAGCCCUUACUACCAGAACAGAAAAGAUGCUGUUUAGAAAGAGUUCUGCUUAAAAUAUGUGCAGCCAUCUUUGAUUUCUCUACCACAAGUCUCUUGUAAUUCUGAACUCCCAUUAGCUUCAUAGAGCAGUUGUAUUCACGAGAGAGAGGUGACAUAUGGAGGAGCUCAAGAACUGCUUCCAGUUAGUACCUACCUUUAAGUAGUUACUAGUGAGAACAAAUUUUCUAAAUGUGUAUGUAUGUGUCUAUAUUUAUUCAUAUCAUAAAUAUAUGCACAUAUUACCAUAUAGAAGGAAAAUGGAUUUAUAUUUGAAUUUGAUAAUAGAAUAUUUGAAGUUCUUUAUUUGUUGUUCUUUUGUCACUCAGCAACCAUACCCUCAGUCUGAAGAGAACAAGGAUGUUUUGCUAUCCAGUGCUGGUUCAGACUCAGCUAAAGGGUACCUUUUAUCUUAAAUAUCCAAAGAUGCCUUUUAAAUUUCAAAGAUUAAAAUACAGCUCUUUAGCGUUGUUGUCUGAAGAAGUAUGGUUGUCAGUUGUGAACAUAGAAAUGUUAUUUUUCCUAGUUUAGUAUCAACAUUUUAGAGUGUUAGAUUUGAUGCCUUGUGAACAAAUAAUUUUAUAUUGUGCUUUAACUGCGAAAGUAUUAUUUUAUUGGAUGUAUUCCUUGUUCAGAAUGCUUAAAAUAGCAUUGUAAACAAGAUGUUUCCAAAAAUUUAAGUGUGCGUAUCUUUUAUGUACACAGCUUAAAAAUCAAGAAUGUAUGUUCUUAGAAAUUUUUUUUCCAUUACUUGUGAAUUUUGCUUUAAAAUUAUUUUUCUUACUAUUUAUUUUACUCUAUUUUGUUAUUUUCUUUGGGUGAGGCAUCUGGUUACUGGUUAUUUUAAUAAGAAUAAAAACAUUCCUGGAAUCACUCCUUUUAGAUUUUUUGUUUCUUUUCUAUAUUUAGAAAAUAUUAUUUUACAAAAUAUAAAAAUAUAGAUUCAUGCAAAAUUAUUAGCUAUUUUUACACUAACUUCCUGUAGUCCUUCUGAGUGUUUUAUCCAGUGUGGGUAACCAGAUAAAGCACAAAAGCAUGAAAUCUUCAAUUAAAAGAGCUUCUGUAAUGGCAUUAAUAAUAAAUGCCUUUUGUAGCCAAAACCAGGCGUCUCAACCUUAUGCUUUUAGUUAAAUGUUUAACCAUUGUUAAACAUUGUUUGAUACCCAAAACAGCAGUGGACAAUGUUGUGCAAUAAUCACCUAUUGUAGUCAAGAUAUUCACUAGUUUGUUUUUCCAUAAGCAUGUAAUUGAUCAUAUUUCUGCCAAGGAUGUGCCUUCAACUUUAUAAUUAUAGUAUUGUUUUUAAAAAAAA